AUGCUGCAGAAUAUGUCCGGAAUCAGAUGGGGCUUCGCCGUUGAAGAGGAGACCUCAUGUGGGUUCGAAAAUGCUCCGCAUCAGCUGCGGCAGCAAUUUGGUUGGAUUUCUGCAUCCAGGAUGCCUAAUAUUCACCCACCAGCUAGCGUCCCAAGUUUGAACAGCCCAAAGCAUUUUCUCUUAAUUUCUGCAUCCGAGAGGCCUAAUUUUCACUCGCCAGCCCCCGUCCCAAGUUCGGACAGCCCAAAACCUCCGGGGUAUCGCCGCCUUAUUAUCAACCGGUAUAAGAAGAUAGAGUCGGAAGCUUUCAGGCCGACAACUCCAGGACACAGCCCAGGCAUGGGCAAUAACAACCCCCCUGAUCGCUGCGGUGGGCGUGACAUGAGCGCUGCAGUCGCGGCAGUGCAUUGCAGAUCACCACAGGAUGGAGUUGUCGAAGAAGUAGAUGAGGCUACAGAUCGCUGGCUGCGGUGCGGAAGGCAGGCACGCUACCACCACGGAGAGCCGGCACCAUCUGUGGAAUGA